GGCGAUCUCUCUAUCAGCCAAUGAUUUCUUGCUGGUCUUGCGCCGUUUCGUUUCUAUCUACCGCAAGCCAGCUGAGAUGUUCUCCGACAACGGAACUAAUCUGACCGGGGCGGAGCGACUACUACGUGAGGAGCUGGAGAGACUAAAGGAGAGUUCGGCGUUGGAGACGGAGCUCAAGGCUCUCGGGAUUCGAUGGUGGUUCCAGCCAGCCCAGACACCCCACUUUGGUGGAGCUCACGAAUCGCUGGUGCGAUCGGUCAAGAGAGCGCUCUAUCCCGUGCUGGACAAGGAGAUGAACGGGCAGCGUAAUCCGAGUGAGGAGAUUCUUCGGACGCUCCUGUUUGAAGUGUCGGGACUGCUCAAUUCCCGCCCACUGACUUAUGUCAGCUCAGAUGCUGACGAUAUUCGGCCCUUGACGCCGAACGAUUUUUUGAAUCGCGCCCCAAUUGCGGAUCUACCGGCGGGAGAGUUCUCUCGAGCCUUGCCACGGGACCACUACCGGUACGUUCAACGGAUGGCUGACCGCUUCUGGGAGCUGUGGCAUGGAGCAUUCCUACAGUCCAUGACCUCGCGACGCAAGUGGACAAGACCAGCCCGAAACCUAGCGGUUGGCGACUUCGUUCUCGACGACUGGAAGGAUGCACCACGCGGGCGCUGGCGGACCGGAAAAAUUGUGAGGACGUAUCCGGGAAAGGAUGAACUAGUUCGAGCGGUGGACGUCGAGUUUCCGACAGGCAUAUUGCGCCGGGGAGCUAAUCAGCUUGCCUUAUUAGAACCAAGCUCACUCGCUCCGGAAGCCGGAUCCAGUUCGGGGGAGGAUGGUUCGGCGACUGCUGUUUAGCUCUGUUAAUUUUGUAAUUCCGUAGUGGCGCCACCAGCGGUUGCUGCUUAGCCACUCUAUUGUCUCCCAUCCUCUUUUCAAAGAUGUCAUUUUCUGUGUCUUCUCCUGAUUUCCCAGUGCUAUACUGACAUCUCGAUUAAUUGACACAGCUCUGACUAGAAUUGUAUAGCCCUGACUAGAAUUGUAUAAAAGAAAACGUGACUAGAAGUUGACUAGCACUGAGGUCUGACUAGAGUUGAGGUCUUGACAGACGGAACCUUAAGCAAGGUACUAGUCAAACAUGUGUUAGAGCUACCUUGUCUAUUGCAUCUAAUCA